CUCCGAAGCGCGUAUGUUAGAAGAGGAUGAUGAGGAUGUCGACGUGCGAGCGAGUUUGAACGAAAACAACGAGAUGGGUUCUUCUUCUAGAGAGGCCAAAGGCCAAGAGGCGUUUCAAUGCGUAGGGGUUAGGUUAAGCGGCGAUGGUAAAUCAGGCGCGGAGGAGAAAGCGUCGGGUUCGUCUACAACACAACUAGAUUCCAAUUGGUAUUUUUUGCCCUGUCGUUCCGUCAUGCCGUUCGUUUGCCAGGCCGAGGCGUGUCUCAAAGGAUAUUUUAGAUGCCUGGACGGGAGCUGCGUCAGCCAAAAGUAUAUAUGCGAUGGAAAAUAUGACUGCAAGGAUAGAUCAGACGAAGCCAAUUGCGAAGAUAAAAAUUGCCAUCAUUACCUGAGCGGUGCUAGCGGUUUGGUCAAAUCUCCCAAUUUUCCCGAGAACUACCCGCCAUUGAUUAACUGUAAAUGGGUCCUAGAAGGACCUGUCGGAACUAAGAUAAAACUACAAUUCGAAUACUUUUUGACGGAAUUGACAUUCGACACUUUACUGAUACUGGGCGCCAGUACGAACGAAGCGGAAAGCGUGGAAAUCUCCAAAUUGUCCGGAAAUAAGGUGAACGAAACUUUAACCGAAUAUUAUAGUCCCAACCACAUACUCAUCCUGAAAUUCUCAACGGACGAGGAACUUCAAUUUCCCGGUUUUUCGAUCAGAUGGACAGCCAUUAAGAUAGAUUGUAUCGAGAACUUAGAAGCCGGAAAUAGAUUCAGGGAUUUAAGAUCCCCCAAUUAUCCGCGAGAUUACAUGAACGGUAUGGAAUGCGUAUGGAUCAUUUCAACCCCAGAUUUGGACGAUAACCAGAUAAUGACUUUAAAGAUGCGAUUUUUCGAAACGGAGUCAGACUUCGAUUACCUCGAGGUGCGAGAUGGCAAAAGCCCGGAUAGCCCCUUGUUAGCUACUUAUUCGGGCUCGGCUAAACUGAGAAAACUACCGUCAUUUAUCAUAUCCACCGGUCCAUAUUUAUACUUGUAUUUUUAUUCGGAUUCGACCAUUUCCGGAAAGGGAUUCGAUUUAUCCUACAAAAUAGGCUGCGAUAACGUUCUCUACGACACUCACGAACUUCUAUACAGUCCCGGACAAGGGUUGAGUACUUAUCCCAAAUUCCAAGAUUGCGUUUGGGAAAUUGAUGUCACCAAUACCUCUUCUAAUUUGACUCUCUACAUAGAUAAAUACGAUAUUCAUUAUACUGAUUUACUUAGGAUUACCUCGUAUCAAAGUGGUUUCACCGAUAAAGACCACGAUAAGAACAAGGAAAAUCAAGAAAUACUGCUCUUCGAUAGCAGCAAAAUGUUGUCGGAGGAGAGCCUCCUGCUCAGCAAAUUCGUGAUCCCAUUCGGGAAGGCCAAGGUAGAGUUAUUCACGGACGCUGUGGGCUUCGGGACCGGGUACAUUGCCUCGUAUUCGAUAGCAUUUAACACAACAUUACUAGCAGCUUUUAUUAAAUCUGCUCAUCUGCCACGAAGAGUCUGGCUGAUAACAGUCAAGGCUGCCCCAACUCCUAUCUCUUCAUUAGUUCAAUUCCAGAACCCUAAUUGUCCACGAUUAGAAGAUUACCUAGACAACGCUUUGAACUCGAUGGAACGUAAGGUUAGAGUCAGCACGAACGAGACAUCCUUCAAGACUGUGGUAGAAUUGACUUGUUCAAAGGGGCACAAAUUUUCGAAUGGGGAUACUAGAAUGAUAAUUUACUGCAAAACUGGCGGUGAAUGGAAUCUUAAAGCUAUUCCCAAUUGCAUAGCUCAAGAAGAAGACACCGGCUGUGGCCCAGUCAAUCAAAUUCCCAACGCGAUAAUAUACGGUGCCAGUAACGUCAGCGUGGGCGGCGUAGCUACCCAUAUUUGUCUCGAAGGAUUUACUUUUCCUAGCGGAGAAAAUAUCGCCUACAGCGAAUGCGAUAAAUUUGGUCACUGGCAAAAUCUGCACGAAUGCAUACCGAUUAAAAAUUGUAAACCGCAAUACCUGCUGAGGAACGGUUUUAUAACGCUGGUUAGCGGAAACGGAACAUCUAGCGGGACCAUACUCAAGAUGCAAUGUUUUAAGGGGUUCUUAAUAACGGGAUCGCCCAUCACCAGAUGUGUCAGCAAUGGAAAAUGGUCUCACAGGUUGCCUCAAUGCCAACCCAUCAUAUGCCCUUUGCCGCGCGUCGAAAACGCUUUUAUAAAACGCAAUUUCAACAGUAAAGCCGGCGAAAAAUUUAUAUACGGAAGAUCUGUUCAAGUUGUAUGCCAUCCCGGAUAUAGAAUCAAUGGACCCGGCGCUUUGACUUGUCAUCCCUUGGGCACCAAAAAGGAUGAUAACAGAGAUUUUCUCCCCAAUGCCGAUAGUAAGAAGGAAUCCGAUCAUCUCCAAUCCUUCUUCACGACCUCCAUACCUACUUGCGAAGAUAUCGACGAAUGCGGCGAAAACCCUUACAUAUGCGAUAUAGGCUCCACUGAGUGCUUAAAUCUGAUUGGCGGAUACGAGUGCUUAUGCAAGACUGGCAGGUUCUACGACAUCGGCACCUCUACUUCCAUAACAGGAAGCAACGAGGAUUCUGUUUGUAAGGUUCCUUCUUAUUUAACUACUAGCGAUUCGCGUAACGGAAUUCCGCUUAAGGGGUCGGAUAGCAAAAACGUUAAUCUUCUUGCCGGGAUCCCAGCGAUGGCGGGUGAACAGACAGAUAUCGACGAAUAUUUUAACAGAAUGAAAGUCGUAUUACUUAGCAAUGCUCAUACGACUUACAAAGUAUACGAUCUUCGAAACUCUUUCCUGAAGUGGCAAAGGAGUCCGUUCAACGAGCAGGAUUCACAUUUUCCCUUCAUGUGGUGCCUAGAUCUUGGCUCCGCCAAUCCGGAAGAAAAAUUUAUUCACUCCAAGAUCAAGAUAGCUUUGCCAAAUUCCUACGUAAUGGGUAAGAUGUAUAUGCAGAUACAACUUUUUAAUUCUCAACCCUUAACAGAGGAUUAUCCCAUAGACGAUUUGAUACCCUACAAUAUUAUUAAUAACAGCAGCAUGAUUCCCUCUCGAAAGAACGCGGCAGAAAGGCUCUUGACGGAGAGUAAGAUAUCCAUGAAAUACAGCAAAAAUGGGCUGGACUACUUUUGGCUAACCAACUCUACCGCGUUUCAAACUCCUCUGUCCAUAAAUUUACGGUCCUUAUAUUUGGACGACCAAGAUUCCGUAUUUGGUCACCCACUUAAAAAGAGCAAGUUAUCGAAGGAUAAGUUUUAUUACUUCGACUUUCGCGAAAAUUCGGCAUUCUUAGAAGCCAGCCACGUUGAAAUCAACGUGUUAUACCCUAACAUCGACAUCGAAUUCUACCAAAAUAAGGUGAAUAUUACCACCGUGGACGGUGUUUACGAAAAAAACGCUGACGCCGUUAUGAAUGACGAUAUCAAAAAUGGACCUUGCUUAGCGUUCGCGUUAAGCGGCUGCAGAAGAUACGAAUGUCCUAUUAGUACGGACCCGUGUUCAAACGAAAACAAAAUGGCGGGUUGCAGCCAUAUAUGCAGUCCCGACAUAAGGAGUGACGUAGGAUACACGUGUUCGUGCCCUCCAGGUUGGACACUUUUCAUCAAAAAUGGAACCGAGGGCAUAACCGUACCCGUUGGAGAAACCGGGAAAAGCGUUAACGACAUAUUUCGAAUCAACCAUACAUGCAUACGUAAAUCCUGCGGCACAUUCCCUUUAUCGAAACUGUCGCAUGGUCAGCUGUAUAUCGAAAGAGUCGGCGCCGCCGUAAACGGAAGCAGUAGCCCCUACAUAGGCUACCCCGAGGAAAAUUUGAAGAACAUUAAUUAUUGGUCGAAUCAAGAGAGUCUGUAUUACUUUCAGGAUAAAAUAAAAUUCGAAUGCAACGUUGGGUACAUUAUCAGUGGCUACGAUAUAAGCGAGUGUUCUAUCCACGGUACUUGGACCAAUCUAAACCCCGAGCCACAUUGCAAUUUCGCCUUCUGCCAAACUAUUAAAAUUGACGACCAUGAUUCGACAGAUUCUGAAGGAGGUCUCAGCAUAAUAUCCGGAGCACCUUUCGUCAGUUACGGUUCCGCUAUCCGGUUUGAGUGUAAAACCCCCGGGUUUUCGAUAGGCAAUACGGCCUACAGCGGUCACCGGUUUUGUAUGUACAAUCCAACAUCGAAUAUGUCCGAACACCGUGGUAUGACCGGAAAAAACAAUGAUAAGUUGAGCAAAAGGCAAACGUACGAAAAUUCCGAAUACUGGAUUUCUGGCACUCCACCUAAAUGCAAACCUAUCGAUUGCGGUUCGCCCCCUGUGAUGUCCCUGUCCCAUUACCGAUACACGGAUGAUCAAAUCGGACAAAUUGACGGAAUCCCGACAGCUAAAACGAGGAACAAGUAUUACUACGGUUCCAGUUUUGAAUUCAUGUGCCUCUCCGGUGGGAUCAUACUCGGACAAUCCUCCAAAGGCGACAACGUAGUGCGGUGCGAUAUCGACGGAAUAUGGGAUUUUGGCGAUUUAAGGUGCAAAGGUCCGGCAUGCAAUGAUCCAGGAACACCUCUGUAUGGCACGCAGAUCUCAGAUUCCUACGAAAUAGGUUCUGUAGUUAAAUUUGCGUGUAACAAAAACGGUUAUUUCCCUUCAUUCAAAGCUAUCAAAUGUAUUAUGAAAGAAUUGGAUAAUCACACAACUAUGAUCCCAAUGUGGAACAUUAGUAAUAGCAUUCCGGUGUGUUUGGACAAGCAACCUCCAGUUUUCUUGGACAACCCUCUUUGCACUCCAGAUGUUGGAGACCAUGAUACUACUACAUCUUCAAUCAAAAUGAAGGAGUUAUAUUUGGUUAACACCACCAAUGGUCCUCAAUUCGAAAAUGAGGAAGACAUGCCGGCUAAAAUAUUGUUGAAUAUUAAUCAAUUCCGAGAAAAAUUUGACGAACGUGAGAACGAGGUUGGACUUUACCCAUCCAUAGUGGCCAAAGAUAAUUCUGGAAGAGUAGUCAAGUACGAGAUCGACCCUCCUUAUUUCUUGCCUCCGCCGUUUCACGCCAAACAAAACGACAUGGUAGUGACUUACAAGGCGUACGACGGAGCUGGUAACGUGGGUCGUUGCCGUUUCAAGAUAGUUAUCAAAGACAUUACUCCACCAUUGAUUACUUGUCCUCCGAGCUAUACUCAUUACCUUACCCUAAACGAGUCCCUGUAUGUUAGCGACGAAGAUAUGAAAACGGAUGGCGAUGAAAUGUACGAUAGUAGUAUGUCUUCCAUGGACGAUGAUUAUGAAAAUGGCGAUAAUUUUGACGGCAGGAAUCCAAACUUAAUCUGGAAACAAAUUCAAAAACCCUCAACUUUCUCUUCCUCAUUGCCAAACAACAAUAAUAAUUAUCAUCGUCAAACUAACGGUAAUAUGGAAGGCAGAAUGGUAUAUUUCGACGUUGGUUCAAAGUUCCCCAUUUCGGCGGUGGACGAUUCGGGGGAUACUCCGGUUAUAACGUACAACUACGAAAACCCACACAAGGUCGCAGUUCCUGUCAGUUCCUUCGUGCUUAUAGUAGUAACGGCAACUGAUAAAUCAGAGAAUUCUGCUUUCUGCAGCUUCCACAUAACGGUCAAGCCCAAUCCUUGCUCCGGUGAGACAUUGCUUUCGACUUCCAUAAUGAACUAUAAAUUCUAUAAGGCCAAAACAAAUUUCGUAGCGCAACCGUUUUACAGAUGUUAUAUCAGGCCCAGCGUCAAUGGUAAAGAUAAUAGAAACAAAACUAUUGUCCCUGAUGACAGAAAACUCCCCUUUUAUAGUGCCAAGGGAGACGGAUCCCGUUUUAUGGGUAAUUCCGAUAACAUAUUUCGAACGCUCUCCAAAAGAGACGUUAUUAAACGUAGGGAUGUUUUGAAUACCGAAAGUAUCAAUGAAACCAUAUGCGAGUUCAAAUGUCCUGAAGGGUAUAUAUUUCUGGCGGACCUUUAUAACAGGAAGCACCAGUAUUACUAUCGCAAGCUCUAUGGGCACAUUAAUCUGGACAUGAGAAAGAGCUUGUCUUUGGUCAAAAAAAUCGAAUAUAAAUGCUCUAAGUCAAGUAGAAAACAAUGGUCUCCUCUCAAAUACGUCCCCCUCUGCAUUCAAUUUCACAAAGCCUUAAAGCCAUCCCACACUAUUACUAUGAGCAUCCAAUACAGAUCUGCAAACAACGAGAUCGAAAUAGCGGAUAUCAGCUGUUUAAAAUAUUAUAGGGAUAUGUUGAUUUUGAGCGGAAGAAUCAAAAAGGUGAGUCAAGAUUUAACGGAAGUCUGCAAGAAAGAUGGAAUUAACUCUAUUCGCGUCAUUUUUAACGACAUCGACAUCGAAUUAAAUCAUGCUACAGCCAUAGUCCACUACCAUUUCUUGUUGAUGGAAGAUAACCAACUAUUCGAAGAUAGAACCUUGUUACCUUACAGCAAAGAUAAGCAGCGGGACUACCCUGAAAAAUCCGAUUUCGACUUCAAAUCGAUUAACAAAUGUACAUCGGCGCUGCAAUUAGUGCUAGAUUUAAAACUCAGCGAGAUCAGAUCUCUUAUGAAAUUGGAUUUAAACAUGAACUCUAUGGACUAUAUAAGAGGAAAUUCUAGGUGCCCUCCCAGGAUAUACGCUUCGUACACGCAUUUUUUAUCGGGCGACGACUGGUGUCCGGCGGAUUAUGUAUUAUACAAAUAUUACGAUUUGAACUUCAACGGGAUGGCCGGGGUAUUGAGCGAUCAGGCAUCAUCUCAAGAGUUGCACAAUAACGAUAAAUUGAAUAAUAACCUUAUGCUCCUCACUUCGAACUCUCAGAACAUAGCCAUCAAAAGAUGCAUUAAAUGUCCUAUGGGAACCUUCAGUACUAACGAUACCUGUGUUUCCUGCCCCAUAGGGACUUAUCAGGAUAGAAUCCAUCAAAUGAAUUGCAAAGUUUGUCCUGCUGGGAUGUCGACCGAAACUUCAAAUAUUUAUAACAUCGACCAAUGCAAAUUGAUGUGUAUCCCUGGAACUUACUCUAGUUACAGUAAUAAUGACGAUGGUAUAAGAGGAGGUAACGGGGGUCUAAUUCCUUGUACGGCGUGCCAGAAGAAUACUUUCAGCCGUCUCUACGGUUCACCAAUAUGUAUUCCUUGCCCGGGACAAAGAAUAACUUCGGGAAUAGGAGCUAGUAGCAACGAUUAUUGCAUCGAACCCUGCCCUGCAGGGUUUUAUUCAUCUACAGGUCAGAUGCCUUGUCAACCUUGCCCCAAGAAUUUUUACCAGCCAACCCUCGGGAGCACAUUUUGUCACGAAUGCCCAGAUAUAUUGAGUACUGCCACGAGAGGUUCCAACAGUUUAGAAAAAUGCUAUUCAUCCUCUUCCGGUCACCAUAGUAAAAUGACAAAAGCCGAACCCAAAAGAACGUUAUUAAAAUUAGAAGAUAGCGCCCAUUUAAAUAAAGAUGACUCCUUCAAUAAUAUUAAUGUCGAAACCGAUAACUUUGAGACACGACGGCAAUUCUAUGAUAAUUCUAACAAUAGCAUUUAUAGCUCGGAUGAUCUGGGUAGGCUCUACGAGGGAGAAUAUUUUAUGGACUACUACGCAAAUGACAAGGAACAUUCGAGGCCUUUCAAUGCGUCAAUUGACUUAGGUACGAUGAACGAUUUGAAAGGUAAUCUUCCCAGAAGGUAUCCAGAUGUUGCCUAUGAAUUUAUCAAGAUACCAGGCUUAGGCUCGCGUGUAGCUUGCGAAAGAUAUUGCUGGGAUAUAGCGAUAUGCUCGGGAUACAAAUAUCUAGAAAGUUUAGACGUUUGUAAACUUUUCAAUAUUCCUAAAAUGAUUACUAAUCAUCCGAACGAUGCCAAUCGUUCUUCUUACCAAGACGAAUUGCACCAUGCCUCUCAAAAAGUAGUAAAAAGGCACUUGUUGUCGCAGGAAAAAUUAUUGAAAAGAUCAUCUCCAUCUUCAACAACAGAUAAGCGUAUAAUAUUGAUAAGAGACUUAACGGGAGCCCAUUUUUGCUCGUUCCAAAACAUGAAAUUAGAUGAUGUCAAGGGCAUCGAUAAUGAUUCGCGAGCAUCGUUCACUAACUAUUCCAUGCUCGAGAACGUAACACAGUACGUGGGCUGCUCCAACGGCAAAGUUCUGACAUUCUUAGAUGUAACGAUGCAAGCGAUCCUCAAAAUGCACCCAUCUAUAGAAAAUGCGGGAUAUGGUGGCCGAAACGAAACCGUUCACAUAUCUAAAUAUAUAUCGGACCUCAUCAACACUUCGUUUGCUCGGUUUGCCCCGGUCUCUUCCCAAACAACGAACAAAUCCCGAACUCAAUACAUAUCGACCUACUUGUUAGCCUCCUCCCAUUGCCGUAAGAUUUUCGAUUCGGUUUCUCAGAUUAUUCACGUCACCGAAGAAGACGGUGCCGGCGAAAAAAGGUUCGAUCUGGACGUGCUAUUGCGAAAUUUCGAUUUUUCGCGCUCGUUAUUCGAAGAACCGGACUCGCUUCGAGGAUCCAUAUGUCAGGUAUACUCCAAACACGGAUUGCUAGAUAGAAUAAAACUGAAAUGUGAAGGACAGGCGUCCUGCGUCAUAUCCUAUCCAGUACACUGUUUAACGGAGUUAUUGUCCCCCCACUUGAGAUGGAUGGAAGCACAAAACAUAUCCGAUAUCUUGGGCACCAGAAUUAAGCUGACGAUGGAUUGCGUGUCCAAUCCUUGCGAUAGAAUGGGAACCAAUUUCUGCCUCAAUGGAGGAAUCUGCAAAACUGUGAAUCAUAAAGUAAUCUGCGAGUGUCCGUUAAAUUACGUUGGACAAAAGUGCGAAAAAUAUGUAUCCUUCUGCCUAAGUGCGCCAUGUUUAAAUGGAGGCACGUGUUCGGAUGCUAAGACUUUGGAGACCAUCUUACCCGAAUCUCACCAAGAUUAUAAAGACUUCAACACGCCAAAAUACGUUUGCAAAUGUCCAGCAGGUUUUUCGGGAGAUUUUUGUGAGAUCACGAAAGAUUAUUGUUCCUCGAAUAUCAGCAACAACCCAUGUUUGAAUGACGGAAUGUGCAAGAACGAAGCCACCGGGUACUCUUGCCUAUGCCGGCAAGGCUUUAUAGGGGACAAUUGCGAGAUGGUUUCGGAAGGUUGUUUGACGUUCGAUCCUUGCAAAAACAAAGCAACUUGCAAAAAAUUACCGUUAGGUCGUCACAAAUGUUUGUGUUCACCCGGAUGGGAAGGCGAAUUUUGCGAUAAAAGCGUGGAUGACUGUUUGGAAAAGCCGUGUGGUCUCAACGCGAAAUGCGUAGACGGGCAUAGACGUUACUAUUGCAAAUGUCCUCUAGGGUUCACGGGAAUGAGGUGCACCGUUAAAAUAUCCAUCUGCGCUUUGGACAGGAACAAUCAGCUGUGCAACCCUGCGGGUGGUGUGGGUAGCUAUAUUAAGCGAGGCACUUGCUACGAUACUCCUCUAGGAUACAAGUGCAUGUGUCGGCCGGGAUUUACGGGCAAAAACUGCGAAGGCAUGAUUGAUUGGUGCUCUUAUUCACCUUGCCAAAACUUGGCCACUUGCCUGAAUAGUGGAUUCUCCUUUAAGUGCAUAUGCCAAAAGGAAUUUACUGGAUCAUUGUGUCAGCACAAUGCUGAGGACUGUGAACAGAUACCUUGCCUAAAUGGCGGGAGAUGCGUUAGGCAACCGGACGGUAAAAAGUGCGUAUGCCCAUAUGGCUUCACCGGCGAGAGAUGCAAAGAUACCGAUGAGGCUUGUUCUAUUUCAUCGUGUUAUCCCAACAAUACCAAAUCCUGUAUCAAAGUGAAUACCAACGAAGCAGCCGCUGGCUACAUAUGCGAAUGCAAGAAUAAUUAUAGCGGCGAUUAUUGUGAAAAAAGCUUGACUAGAACAUCUUGGGAUGACGGUAGAAUUGAUCCCUGCUUUGGAGUCGUUUGUGAAAACGGUGGGAAGUGUGAACCCAAAUUAAACAUUACGCGUGAAGUACUUCUGAUUCCUUCCAACAUUAAUAAAAGCCAACAAGAAGAAAACUCUGAUAAUACUUACCUUUGCAUGUGCGCAUCAGGGUGGGAAGGAAAGCAUUGCGAAAGAAUGGUAUCAAUGUGUCACCUCAACAGGUCAUCAAUUUAUGAACAUGGCUCAACCAUCUUAAGUCAUUCAAAAACAACUUCUGGAUCUGGUUCCCAAAACAACCGUUGUUCUCUACCCAACACUCCAUGCUUGGACUUGUUUCCCAACGAUUAUUACUGUCAGUGCCCGAUUAAUUUAUCAUCUUUUUCAUCGCCAAAUUCGCACCUAUAUGUCCACGACAAAACGAGAUUCCCUAAGGAUAGAUGGAUUUUGGGCAAGUCAUGCGAUAUAGUUGAUCCCACUAACAAUCCUUGUUCCGGCAAUCCUUGCAUGAACGGUGGAACUUGCAAUUACUUUGCUAAGAAUCGCCGUUACAAUGGUGGCAAGGCUAAUAUCAACAACGUUAUGUAUACGGUGACGUGCACUUGUCCCUUAGGUUCAUUCGGCCAAUACUGCGAAAUUAAGAGGGACCCCUGUGAGGCUAAACCAUGCCAGAACGCCGGUCGGUGCGUCAAUACGAAUCGAAUAGAUCACGAUAGAGUGACCGUUAACGCCGAGAAUACGACCGUCCCAAAAUCUUUCCUAACAUCUUACAUUUGCGAGUGCCCAACAGGGUUGACAGGUUUCCACUGCGAAACGAACCCCAAUGAUUGUAAAAGCUAUUCGUGCCCGCCUUCUAGUCGUUGUAUAGAUGGUCUAAAUACCUUUUACUGUGAAUGCCCGCUAGAUAAGUCCGCUUCAAUGACAAUGUUUACCCCAUUUUCUCAGAACUACUCGCCUAACGAGACCCAAAACACCAAAGAUUAUAAAAAUUGCGAUAAAUCCCUGACCGAUAAUUUUGACCUCCUCUUCUUCGACGUUUACAAAAAUGGUUCGGCCACUUUUAUUUUCCCACAAAGACUCAGCUUAUCCAAGGAAUCUCCCUCUUUUUCUUUGACCGUUUGGGUCAAAUUUAGCGUUCCGGAGGAUUCUGGAGUAUUCGUGACCUUGCUAGAAGUUCCCAAAGAGGAAGUAGAUUCUACCCUGACAGAUGUGUCAUACCGUAGAGAGAAGGUUCUCUUAAGUCUGGAUCAUUUUGGUAUCAGACUGGCUUUAUUCGAAACCGAUAAUGAAUAUUAUUACUCCUCCAGCCAAACCUCUGAGAACGAUAAUAUGGGAGGGAAAAGUAGAAGGGGAUCUAGGAAAGAGCCUUCAUCCGGUGGUUCUUCAUCUUCACAGCUAUUCAUUCCCUAUGAUCCAUUUGUUAUAAAUGACGGUGCAUGGCACCACAUUACGUUCGUUUAUUUGAAAGGGAAAUAUGGGAUUAUAGUAGAUAGCGAGCCUCUAGCACAUGGAUCGUCUGAAGAUGAGUAUUACACGCUGCCGUCUUACGUCAGAAUAGUGCUAGGAGACCCUAAACGAUAUAUAACCAAAAGAAAUUAUAGGAAUAAAAUGGGGCAAGGAUUCAAUGGCGUAUUGACUAGCGUGCAGCUGUGGGGGAGACCAUUAAAAUUUCCCGAAGAAUUGGAUGAUGGAGGCAAAUGUCGCAAUUCCAUUACCUCUAAAAACGCUUUGAUCAUACCAUGGAGCGCUUUCACUCAAAGAAUAGAUGGAAAAGUCGAAAUAUCUUGGAAGGACAGUUCAGCGUCAUCUUACUGCUUGAACGAAGAUCAGACCUUCAUUCCAGGAGUGAGUAUGGAUUCUGUCAAGCCCAGAAGCAGGAUGCCAGUAUUGACUAGAAGGCUGGAUAAUAUUCGAAUAAUCUUGAAGUUUCCCAAGAAAGAAACGUUAGUCACUUGGCAAGAACCGGUGUUUUUAGAUUCGCAGGGAAGGAUCACCAAGAUUGAACAAAAUUACUUCUCAGGAGACUAUUUCACCUGGGGGAUAUAUCGGGUUAAAUACUUGGCCUUCGAUAAACUAGGAAACUAUGCCAGUGCUCAAUUCAAGAUAUCUAUCGUUAAACACGAUUGUCCAUCUAUUAUGAAACCCCCAAACCUCGUGGAAGAAUGUGGAAUAUGGGGACAAUCCCAAUUUUACGAUAGUAAGCGUUGUUCCAUUCGUUGCCGACAAAAAGAUGCCAACACAUCUGGUCUUCAGGCGUUGAGACGUUUUUCGACCCCAAUUCCAUCAUUUUUCUCUUGCUCUGAAGAUGGGAUAUGGAGGCCAAGCCAGCACAAUUUCGCCUGUUUGCUAACGUCCUCUUUCAGGUACCCGCAUUGUUCCGAUACUGUAGAGACGGCGGUGGAAUACAUUGAAAUGACUCUCAAAUACUCGGCCAAAAAUUUAUGUCGUGAUUCCCGCGUUAUUACGGGAAACGAAUACAUACGUAACUUAGAAAAACGGGUGAUAGUCUUGGUAAAGAAUCUGAUCAAGGAUAACCAGGAUCUCUGCUUACUGAUAGAUUGUUCCUAUUUCAAAGAUGAUUCUGACAUCUUUUCUGAAUUGUUGAGACUUCAAGGUUCUCUUAAUUACGAGACUCGUAUAAUUUGCGGCAAAGGUACCCUAGAUACGGAGAAGAAAAAUACGGUCGAUCACAAAUAUUCCGGAAUAACGCUUCACAGGAUCAGGGCUCGUUUACUAGGUAAGCAAGAAUCCGUAUCUCGCACAAAUCUACCCGACUCCUCUAACACCAGCGUCAACAUUCAGCACAGGAAUAAAUUGAUGGAAUGGUUGCAGAUUCGCAUCACUAAUCCUCAAUCGGAAUUCAACGAUGUUAGCGAUAGCGCGGGGAAAAAAUUUUCCGAUGGUUCCUUAUCCCUCAAAUUAAUACCCAACGCUUUUUCCAUCGAAGUGAUCAAUCUUUGUGCCACGGGUUUCAGCUUAAUGAACAAUGAAUGUGUCAAAUGCGCCAUAGGAACGUAUUUUGAUUUGGAGAGUAAGAGUUGCGAGUUCUGUCCUUAUAAUACCUAUCAAAAUAAAGAGGGUCAAUUAAUAUGCCAUCAAUGUCCUAUCAUCGGGUCACUCAACAGAACCGGUGUCACUCUUUGCCAGGGAUCGAGUUCUAAGGAUGACUGCAAAGAGAGUUGCGAUGCCGGGUAUUAUUUAAAACAUCUCACCGCCGAUACGUCGAAUAAUGACAUGCAUUGCGAGCCCUGCCCAAUGGGAUUUCACCAGCCUGACAAAGGUUCCUUCCAUUGUUAUCCUUGCGAUAUAGGAUUUACUACUCACGCUACGGGUAACAACGUGGAAUACAACAUUAUAAAUGGAAAUCGAAGCGCGGAUAAUUUUGUUAAAGAUCAAUCUGGGCACUUGGUACCUAAGAAAGGGUGCUAUCAGCCCUGCUAUUGCCUAAAUGGCGGCAGAUGCAUUUAUUCAAACCCACCUAUCCAUUAUUCCGUGACCCUAAACACGUCGGGUAUAAGGAACUCUUUCAUCGAUAAUAUUACUCUAAACACUGUACCGCUCUUUGAAAAGGAAUCUCCCAGGCAGCCACUUCCCCCCACUUGCGAAUGCUUGUACCCAUAUGGAGGAGCGAGGUGUGAAGUGAUAGUGAACGAAACAUGCCUACCUAGCUGCAAAAAUAAUCAGCCAUGCAAACUAAUCGACAGAACCAUUAUGAAAAAGAUAAAAGACAAAUCGAAUAACGUGGUCGUUAGAAUAGUCAAAAAGAAGGUUAAGAAAUGGCGAUGCGUUUGCGAGGAUCGAAGUUUCGGUGGCAAGAAAUGCGAAAUCGCAUGCCCGAUGACUUGCGAAGAGGGCAGAACUAAAUGCGGAGUGGACGAAUUGGGUAACCCCUCUUGUUUGGAAUACAUCCUUGUAACCGGCGACAAAGAUUUUAACGUCAAGUCCAAGCCUAACCUUGGCCGCAAAACGCCCUCGUUCUCCGGAGAUCCAAAAUCGACACCUUGCGCGGUAAUUUACGAAGACGCGGAGGCCUUCAAGAAUUUGACGGAAGAGCAAAAGAAAGUUUGCUACCAAGAAGGCUAUAUCAUAAACGACGACAAAGAAUCGAACAACGAGGAUGCAGACGAUGACCUCAUAAAUUCCCUGGAGAAUAAAAACGAGAUCUCAAGCAGUUCCGAUUUAACUUCCCAAGAUAUAUCUGUCAUAUCUGGUGCAGUUGGAGGCGCUCUCUUACUUCUGUUCUUAAUGGGUAUUAUCCUGCUUUCAGUCAUAUACUGGAGGAAAAAAAGAUCUAACAAAUAUUUCGGAAAAUCUAACAUCCACCACAUCAAUUUCGAUAACGAGAUUAACCAUAGAAGAGAUGAUGGAACUGAUUUAUACAAUCAAAAUUCCAAUUAUAACAACAAUAAUAACCACAUGAACAACAUGAACAAUAAUAAUAUGUCGGCCGAAUCCUCUUCGACAUACAGCAACCACCAUUCCAAUAAUAAUAACUUAUUACUCAACUCUGGAAACGGAAUACUAAUGGAAUCCAUGAAUAGCUAUUAUUCUCCUAGACCCGAUCCAUCUACCAAUACAUUCCCCAAUUACGAUUCGCCCAUUGUAUACGGACAAACCCCCCCAGAAACCGGUUCUGAAAACACUUAUAGGCAAUACGGUUUUGCCGAUACUUGCUUAAGCUCUUGCACUUAUAAGGCGCCCACGCAUGAAGGAAAUGCAAGCAAAACGAAUAAGAAGAAAGAAUUACCGGAACACCAGAAACCGGUUUGGGCUGACUCUUCCCCAUCAUCGAUCAACGAAUCCACAUCUUCCUACGAACAAAAGGGUAUUAUAGGCGAUGACAGCUACAAGGACAAACAUCAAAGCUGCUCUACACAUAUCAGUAACGUUUACGCCGACGCUAAACAUCCUUCCAAUCAAUCCGAUACUACCAAUACAUAUUUAAAGCCAAAUGUUAAAUGCUCGUGCUGCCACUCCGAUAAUCAAUAUUCUUCGGAGGAGGCGCAUCAUACCUUUACACACGAUUACGACAUAUAUGAAUCCACGCGGCAUUUUACCUCUCAUCCAGAUUGAAUGAAUAUAUAAAUUUUUUUUACAAUAUAUAAUUAUUAUAAAUUUAUUACAAUUAAAAAUCAAUUUUUUAAAAAGUUGUAACUGUGAUUGACCAA